AUGGCUCCCCACUUCGUUGAUGAUAAAACUGAGAUUUGCCUACCAUUCAUCCUCGCUCAGCUCAAACUCCACCGCGAAGAGUCUCCCGACCGCCCCUUUGUCAUCGGUCUCAAUGGUAUCCAGGGCGCCGGCAAGUCUACCCUUGUCAAGUCCCUGAGCAAGGCCCUAGAAAGUCAAAAUGUGCCGACCUUGGUCUGUAGCAUAGACGAAUUCUACCUCACUCGCCAGGACCAAGUUGCCCUGGCCGAGUCUGACCCUGAAAAUGCCCUCAUCCAGCACCGCGGGGAGCCCGGAACUCAUGACUUGCCCCUUGCAAAAGCUUUCUUUGAGGCAGUACUACAAGGGGAGCCCACAAAACUACCAAAAUAUGACAAGGCUAUCAAGGGCGGCAAAGGAGAUCGCCUUCCCGAGUCUGAAUGGACUCUUGUAAACCAACCUGGCCAACCCAAAAUCCAGGCCAUUAUUCUCGAGGGAUGGUGUGUAGGCUUCCGCCCUCUAACGCGCGAGGACGUAGAAGCAAGACUCAACAUGCCCAACCGUACUCUCAAACAACACAAGCUUGAGCAUCUCUUAUUCAUCAACGAGAAGCUGUCAGAGUACAACAGCCUCACAGAUUCUUUCGACUCCUUUAUCCAGAUCGACGCCGAGGACCUUGGCUAUGUUUACGGCUGGAGACUAGAGCAAGAGGACCAUUUGCGUGAGGAAAGGGGUGACCCAGAAGCUGGAAUGUGCUCACAGGAGGUUGUCAAAUUCGUUGACGGAUACUAUCCAGCUUACGAGCUCUACACCGACAGACUGCGAAAAGGAGUCCUGGCCAACCGACCAGGCCGACAACUUCGGAUGGUGGUAGGCCGUGACAGAAAAGUAAAACAUGUUCGAAGAAUCUAA